AUGGCAUCGGACGUCAUCCGGGAUGGCGUUUUCGCCAUCAACAAGCCCUGUGGCCAGAGCUCAGCCCAGGUAAUUCGAGAGUGUCAACAAGCUUUCAACCCUUCGAAUUUCUUCCGACCAAUGCUCGAAGCCGAACGCGCACGGCGGCAGAAGGAGGGGCUCGAUCGACGGAGAGCCCAGAAAAGGGCGGCUCAGGUCAAGAUUGGACACGGCGGGACUCUGGACCCCCUUGCCACCGGCGUUCUCAUCUUGGGCAUAGGCACCGGAACGAAGCUGCUGUCGCAGUUUCUCGAUUGCACAAAGACUUACGAAACGGCGGUGGUUUUCGGAGUCAGUACCGACACUUAUGACCGAGUAGGCCGCGUUUUGGCCAGGAAAGGCUAUGAUCACAUCACAAGAGCUCUGGUCGAGAAAGAGCUGGACAGCUUCCGUGGCAAACAAACGCAGAUUCCUCCCUUGUACUCGGCUCUCAAGAUGGACGGAAAGCCGCUCUACGAGUAUGCUCGAGAGGGCAAACCCAUCCCCAGAGAAAUCCAAGGCAGACAGGUGGAAGCUCUGGAAGUGGAGCUACUGGAGUGGUAUGAGCCUGGCAAACACAAUCAUCGCUGGCCCACCGAAGAGGCUGAAGCAGCGGAGAGAAAUCUGGCGGAACAGGUUUGGCGGGUCAAGAAGCAGCAAGAGACGGGCAAGAAAUUGACCCCCGAGGAAAAGGAACAGGACGACCAGGCGAUAGCAGCGCAUGAGACGUUCAAGAAGCGGUUCGAGGAGAGGCAAGACGAGCUGAUCAGGGACGCCCCCCUCAAGAAGCCAUGGCACGCCAAGGAGAGCAAAGCAAUGAUGUCGGGCGGCCUCGGCGCCAUGCCUCAGCCCGUAUACUCGAACAAGGGAUCGAACCUGGUUCCUCCCACCCCCGACGCAAACACCCCGCCACCGUGGAGCGACGAAGGCCCGCCAGCCUGCAAGAUUCGACUCACCGUGUCGUCGGGUUAUUACGUUCGAAGCUUUUGCCACGACCUGGGUGCCAGGCUUGGAUCGGCAGCCAUCAUGGCAGAACUGUGCCGUGUUCGCCAAAGCGACUUCACCGUCGGGGGACCCAACACGAUGGAGUACGAGGAUCUUGCCAAGGGCGAAGAGGUUUGGGGGCCCAAGGUGGCCGACAUGCUGGCCCGCUGGAACGGGGAGCCAGAGAGCAGCUGGCCAGGCUCCAAAAGCUCCAUGAGCAAGAGUGCAGGCAAGCCUCUGUUUAUGACGAGCAAUGGGCAGCAGAGGAGCGCAAUGCCCGGCGCCGAAUCCGCAUCGUCGCCUAGCAGAGAAAAGAGGCGGCGGUCACCAUCAAGCGAGGCGACCGACCCUCCUAGAAAGGCAGCCAAAAAGCCUUUUGCCGGAGGGGGCAAAAGAACGCUAGACGCCACUGGCAAGUCGGAGGACGAAAAGUCCUGGAACGGGAUUGAAGACUAG